AUGGCGGCAUCGGGAUCGGGAGGCGAGCCCGGGAGGCCAUGGACGGCGACCAGCACCUGGGCCCCAGCCGGAGGUGCGGCGGUCGAGGAUGCCGUGUCGUUCGAGACGACCGCGGUCGACGCCGAGACCUCACCCUCGGCCGUAGCCCUUGCCCGCCCGCCCUCCGACGGCGGCGAGGAUCCAACUCCCUGCGAAGUUACUUUUAAUUUCACGGGAAAGUACGAGAUUCAUAGAGUAUAUGUUCGAAGCACAGCUCGGAUUUAUGAAAUAUACUAUUCAACUGACCAGAAGGAUACCAGUAAAGAUUAUUUAUGCACUGUACGCUGUGGAAUUGCUGCUCAAGAACCACUUCCUUGUGGUCAAGAAUGCAUGUCUCAGGGUAGUAGUAAUGCUGCAACUGGUGAAAAGCAUGAACAAGAGACUAAAAGUUUAACCAGUAGCAGUGAUGAGGAUAGCUGGGUUGAAGUCAAAAUUCCAGAGUCUCCUCUUGGAAAUAGUACACCUGAAUCUCAAGAAAGAAAUGUGAUAGGAAGCUGCCAGAAAAACACUCUGGUGCACUACGAAGCAACUGCUGAGAUAACUGAUGCAAACCCGUGUGUAUCUCUUACUGUCCGUCUUCUCUCACUUCAGUCAAAGACUUCAGUGCACAUUGACGAGAUCUACAUAUAUGCUGAUCCUGUUGAGUCUUCCAGUGAUGAUUCUGCAGCAGAUCCUGGAAACAUCGGAGGUAGUUCUUUGUUGGCUAUGCUUGUUCCUGGUCUUAUGCAAAUUUCCAAAUCUAGGGACUGCAAAAUAGACAACAAAUAUUUUUCUGAUGGCUUGAAAGAGCGUCUUCCUGAAGGUUGUACGUUCAAAGAUAGCAUCCCAGGUGGAAACAUUGUGCAAGAAGCAGGACUGUAUGGUGCAAAUGAUUCAAAUUUUGGCGUAGCAGGGCUGGAAAGCAGACUACCACCUGCGCAUAGUGGCACGAUAUGUGAUGAAAAUGGCAACCAACGUGAAUCCCUGUUAAAUGGUCACAAGUCUCCUCCAUUGCCUAUACAAACAACAGAAACUAUGCCAGUGACAUCGGCAAAGGACAAGACGGUAUCAAAUACAAAUCAGGAUGAUAAUCCUGUUAUGACCGAAAAUGUUACUCCACACAAUCGUAUUGAGAGAAUGCUGGAUACUCUUCUAUCUAAGGUGGACAAGGUGGAGUUAUAUUGCUCUAGGUUUGAGGAUAAAGUGAUGAGGCCCCUCAGUAGCAUUGAGGCAAGGCUUCAGCGAUUGGAGCAGCAGUUCGAUUCAUUCUCUGUGGAGAUUCAGUCUUUACGAGAUUCGUCUGCAAGAAUGUCAGCGCCAAACGUUUUGUCUGAUACAACUAACUCACAAGAAAAGGAACAUAAUGAUGGCAGUUCUGAAACUCCUGCUUCUGUAACAGACAUGCAUCCAGGCUUGGUUAUCAAGGCACCAGAGUUCCCCUUAAAAGAGUCCUGUUGUUCAGAUGUGGCAGAUGAUAAUACAGUUAACUUGUGUGGACCUAAUGUCGUGCCAAGGCUCCUUGUUAAGGCCCCUGAUUUCAUCUAUGAGCCCGGGUUAACAUGUGAAAAGCUUCAUGAUGGGCCUUUACCUUCUGAGAAAGAACGUAAGACUUCCCCUGGUCUUGUUAUCAGUGUUCCUGAAUUUGCUAGUGAUGAUGAAGACAAUGAAGUGGAGGAAGAUAAAGAAGCAGAAGCUGGCGAUCUUGAUGACGCUCUUACAAAUUCUUAUGAUACUAUGAGCAAAAGCACUGACGACGGCUUCAGAGGCAAAACUCCUGUCUCUGUUGAUGGUGCAUUAGCGACUGCCUUGGAGGCAUUUCUCACUUCAACCAAAGGAACAUCACUUUCAAAGUCAGAUGCUUGCACUGUCAGUAAUUUAAGUGAUGGGAAUUUUGCUGAUUCAUCCACUUCCUGCUUUGCUCAUGAACAUGUUAAUGAGAUACCCACUAAAGAUGGCUCAGUUGGACAGUUUCACCGUGCUUUAGUUGACGCAGAUAAGAUUGGUGCAGCCAUAUCUUUUCAGGAGGUUGAAGUGGCUCCACACAUUUCUCUUUCCAAGGCAAACUUGGUUGGCAAUGUUGAGGUAAAUGAACAGAAUAUUGAUCUCAAUCCGGACAAGAAGGCAUUUGCUAGCAGUGAACCACUGAAUGUUCUUUCACAGUCUGAUACAGGAUCUGUAGAUGAUUGCUCUCAGGUAAAUGGACAGAACAAUGGUCCUAAUUCGGACACGAUGCCGCUUGUCAUAAGCACUGAACCUCUGGAUGACCCUUCUCAGCUUCCUACACAUUUGGGGUCUGUUGACGAGAGAACUCAGGUGAAAGCAAAGCGUCCUGCAAUAUUUGAAUCUGUUGAUGAGAUAGCUCAAGUGAAUGGAAGACCUUCUUUACCAUUGGCAGAGUUCCUGGUAGCAAGGAGUGCUAGCUCUGGUACUUCUGAGGUAUGCCGUGGUAAUGAUGGCACUGCAAUACCGUCCUUCCAGAGAAAAUUGGCAGGAGCUAAUAUAAACUUGGAAGGUGGUGACAGCAAGGCAAGCCAGAAGAAUCCAACCUUUCAGCUUUCGCUAUUGAAGAAAGCUUUAGAGGUUGAUGAGGGAGACAGCAAAUUUUGCGAGGACAUAUCCAUUGAGACAACCUUUGAACCAUCAAGCUAUGCAGCUUCUAACGGGCAUGGUACAGGUACAAUGGAUACCCUGUCAGAUGAGGAUGAAGGUUUGGAGAAUAGAGAGGACAGCAUUAGUCUUUCUGGUGGGAUGAACUCAUUAUUCUUUGAGCUUCCUGAUUGGAAGGAGGGAUGGAACGCAAAUAGCAACAUGUUCCCAGACCCCAAUGAAAGCUUCAAAAAACCAAAUGUGGAACACUCGUGGUCAGAUUCGAGUAAUAUGGAAUUAUUCGGUGGGCUUUCUUCUACAAAAGGCAACAGUUCAGCGAAUGCUGCGGCCGGAAAUCUUUUGGCAGAUCUUUAUGUGGGCGAUGGAGCUAGUUCUAAUGUAACCCCAAUUGCAGGGACACAGCUGCAAAAGGUUUAUGACUUGCUUUAUGAGUGCGAGCAUGACAUAUUGGGCAUGUCUUUCGUAGGCAAGAGAGCAAGUGCGAGCAACCCUUCUCUGGAAGUCUUGCUUGGUGAAUCAUCGGAUUCUGAAGCGCCAAUUUCUGAUCAGGAGGAUGUUAACAGUGAUGCUGGCUUUGGUUCAGAUCAUUUGUUCACUACAUUCUCAUCUUCAGAUGAUGAUGCUUUUGACAUGGAUAAGCCUUUAGUUGAUGUACCAGUACCAUCAGAGGCAAAUGUUUCUGCUUCCAACGAGCCCUUGGUUGAUUUGGCCGAUCUGACGAACCCUUCAGGGACAUAUACUCCCUCAGUGAACAAGCCUUUUGCUGAUGUGGCUGAUCUGGCAGAGCCUUCAGACUUGUAUGCUUCUGCGGCAAACGAGUUCUUGACCAGUGAUUUGCCAAAAACUUCAGAAACAUUUGUUGGAGGGAGCAGUGGAGAACAUCCUGAUAGCCUUAUCUAGGGUACUACUCGUCAAGAGAUAGGAGAAUGGUAUCCUCAGCUGCACUAUUUCCAAGUUCUUACCUUGUGUGCCUUGUACAGUGAUCAACGUGUUCUCUUCCACAACCAUGCAGUUGUUUGUACAUAUAAUAACUAGACAAGGUAGCUCUGGCUCACUUUGCUUUUCUGCCCUAUGUGUAAAGAUAUUAUAACAUUUAGCUUUACGUAAACAGCAAAGUUUUACUCUUAGAAAAUGAUCUUUAAACCAGUUAA